AAUUUAUUUUUUUAGUAUGACUUGUGAAUUAAAUUUGGCGUGAUUUAUAGACUGGAGCUAUAUUGUAUAUGUUCAUAAUGUAUGAAUGAUACAUGGUGUGCCAUUGAAUCCAGUUUCACGCUGUGACGAUUCCAUUCUGAUUGAAUUUCGCGAUUACGUGACAAAGUAUUUGUGAUAAAGGAAGUAACGAAAAAAUUCGAAAAGAUAAGGAAAAGCUGCAAAAGUUAGAAGUGAAAAAAAAAUAUUGGAAUAGAAUGGUUUGUAAUCAAACAUGUCUUCUUAUAAUUUAACGAAACAUGAAUUGCUGGUUCAAGUUAACGAUAAAGUCGCAGAGACUUUAAUACCGGCAAUGAUAUUUGUUGGUACGCUCAUGAUAGUAGGAUUGUUCGGUAAUAUAUUAGUUUGUUACAUUUUUUCAACCAAAUUCAAAUCUGGAACCCAAAACUUCAUGAUAGUAUGUCUGGCUGUUUCAGAUCUAUUGGCAUGUGUGAUAGCUAUGCCCACAGAAAUAGUAGAUAUGCGAUAUUAUUACAUGUUUGAUUCGGUAUUCGCUUGUAAAUUGUUUCGAUUUGUGAAUGUUUUAUGUGCAAUGUGUUCAAUUUUGAUUUUAACUACUAUUGCUGUUGAUCGUUACAUUAAAGUGUGUCGCCCACUCGGAAGACAAAUGGCACUUCGUGAAUCUAAGCUGUGUGUUGUAGGAGCAUUGACUGUUGGAAUAUUGCUGUCUUGGCCUGCUCUGUUUAUUUACGGUUCUAGAUCAGCAGAAACCGAUAUUCCAGGAGUUGUCGGGAUUGAUUGCUCCACAAGUGAUAGCAUAAAAGACACCUUGUAUCCUCUUAUAUAUAAUUGUGUGCUUUUUGUUGGUUUUAUAUGCUUAACUGUUGCUUUCGUAGUUAUAUAUAUCAAAAUUUAUCGUGAUGUCAAGAAACACAAAAAGUAUAUGAACAAAAUUGCUAUUUCAACUCCGUCCUCGCCAGUUGUAUCCACUAUCGAAUUUCAAUUUCCAGCCUUGCAUUCCACCAGUUCACCAACUAUAAACGCAGACCAACACACGGUGCAGACAAACAGUUCAACGUUAUCACUACCAAAUGGUAUAACAAAGUCUAAUUCAUCCUCAUUACAGAAUCUCGAUGCACCCAUCACUAUUAGUGAAUCUGUGAAUGGAAAUGAAAGAAUUGUUUCAUUUAAAACAGAAUCAUCUCCGGGCUCUAAAAGCAGUGUAGAUACAGUGUAUGUUCCAUUUAGUGCUUUGGUAGAAAACACUGAGAACAAUAAAACUAAAGUGAUUCCUCCACCUCUUGAACUUCCUCGUAGUCGAAGUGAGGAUCCCGAAUCAGAAAUAGGAAGCACUAUCUCAUGUAGUACACCAAAGAAAAAGAAACUUGGCGCGCUGUUAGGUCGGGAAAAUAAGACUACUGUGAUAGCAUGUUUGAUUACUACAGUGUUUGUAUUAAGUUAUUUGCCUUAUUUAGGACUAGUGUUUGCUGCAAUAUUUAAUAAAGACUUUGAUCAUCAACUGAAAGGAUCAAAUUUAGCUGCUUUUAACCUAUUUAUAAGAUCUUAUUUUGUAAAUUCAGCAGCUAAUCCAAUCAUAUACGGUGUAUUAAAUUAUCGCUUCAGAUAUGAAGUUAAAGCUAUGAUGGGUAGAAUGAUGAUUUGGAAAAAGGAAAAUGACAAUACUUGAUCUAAAGGUGCUAUGUAAAUUGUUUCAGAGGGGAAUCUCAGAUCAUUUGUCAUACAUAUACAUUUGUUUACUUGAUUGACAAAAGCUCAUCUCAUGCUUCUGAGAUGUUUUUCAGAUAUUAUAGCAUCCGCAUCGGAGCAGCUGAAUUGGAAAUAUGAAUCAAUAUCCAAAAUGGACUUAAAGCCUAUGAGCAGACAAGCGAACACACAGAACACGAGCUAAAUUGUUCACUCAUUCGAACUCAUCUUUCAUUUUAUUUUGAUGUUAAUCAAAUUACUGUAUAUUUUCAAGUAAAUAUUUCAUAUCAUUGCUGUAUGACUCGAAUAAAGAAAAUAUAUUUAUUUUAUUGUU